AUCUGGUCGCUUCAUUUCCUGCUCGCCCGCGGCCCACACUGGCCCCUUCCCUAAAGUCCGACUACCGUCACACACGCUCCGAGGAAACCUGCUGCUGAGACUAUAAGCAACAAGCUGAACACACAGUGUCUCUUCCGCAGUGUGGACGGUGCAUUGAUUUGGAGAGGGAUUGAUCAUCAAGUGGUUCGUCCUGUCCGCAGGAGUGCGAGUUGGUACAGUCUCCUCCACGUCAUUCCCUGGGGAAGAAGCCGACAUCGCACCCGAUAAGAAGCAGAAGUGUGAGGCAGGAAGAUGUCGACAGCGUUUAAGGACGACCAGGGAGACUGGCUGACCGUGUGUUUGAAGUACCUGCUCUUUGUCUUCAACUUCCUGUUCUGGGUGGGCGGGGCUGCCGUGCUGGGAGUGGGCGUGUGGACGCUGGUGGAGAAGAGCGACUACCUGAGCCUGCUGGCCUCCAGCACCUUCGCAGUGUCGGCCUACAUCCUGAUCCUGGCCGGCAGCCUGGUGGUGGUGACCGGCUUCGUGGGCUGCUGCGCCGUCAUCCGGGAGCAGAAGAGCUGCCUGUCCACGUAUUUCUCCUGCCUGCUGGUGAUCUUCUUGAUAGAGCUGGUGGCUGGCGUCCUGGCCUACGUCUACUACCAAAGGCUCAGUGAUGAGCUGAAACAGCACCUGAACCAGACCAUGUCUGAGAACUACGCCCAGCCGGGGGCAGAGGCCAUCACGCUGGCCGUGGACCGGCUGCAGCAGGACUUCAAGUGCUGCGGCAGCAACAACUCGGGCGACUGGCUGCAGAGCGUGUACAUCGAGUCGCCAGAGUCGCAGGACCGGCUGGUUCCAGACAGCUGCUGCAAGACCAUCACCCCCCUCUGUGGCCUCCGAGACCACCCCUCCAACAUCUACAAGGUGGAGGGCGGAUGCAUCACCAAGCUGGAGCAGUUCCUGGCGGACCACCUGCUGGUCAUCGGGGCCGUGGGAAUAGGCGUGGCCUGUCUGCAGAUCUGUGGGAUGGUGUUUACCUGCUGCUUGUAUCGGAGGAUCAAGAUAGACCCUUACUGAUCCCCCCCCCCCCCCCCCCCCCCCCGGGGGCGGGGCCUGUACGAAGUCCAAGGGGCGGGACCUGUACUGAGUCCCGGGGGCGGGACCUGUGAGUUUCACUGCGGUGAUUGGCCGAUCACAGAAGGAAACCCAAAAACCAAAAAUGACAAACUUUUCAAACUUCCGCUCUUAGUCCCCCCGACACGGGCGCGCCGUCGUAGUCGAAUUAGAAGUCACCGUUGACCAAUGUGCCUGAUGUUCAAUGUCCAGUCCAUGAGUCAUUAAUUGCAGGAAAUGUUAUUUUUUGUCAAGCACAUGGGUAGCUAUGCUUGGUAGCAUGCCUAGAAGGAUAGAAGGACGGAUGUGUCCCUUGAAGUGUGUGCGCUACGACUACUGUUGAUUUUGCAAUGUGCCUUAUUCGCCUAGCGGCCAUCUUGGCUCCAUCUUGCUUCUAAACGUUUUGAAGGAAGAUGGAGCCAAGAUGGCGGCUCGUUGAAUAAGGCCCGUAACGUAUACUGUGGACAUGAAGGUCAAUGCAAAGCUAUCUAACGCAAACGUAAAGUAUCUAACAUUAGAUACAUGUAAGACAGUAAGUUAGCUGUCCCGCGUAUAAUCACAUUGUGCCUGUGUUAAAACCAUCACUUUUGAUAAUGCCUUAAAUCACUAGCAAUCAAACGGUGCGGAAAUUAAAUGGUUUUACUUAUAUUUGUAUAUCCACUAUAUUUAUUAGUAUGUUGAAUUGAUUGCUCUAGUGGUGUAUUUAGUUGUGAUUUAUUUUUAAAGUAGACCUAUCUUAUUGGCCAGUUUAUUUACCAUUUCCCAGUUAUGGCUGACCUGCUGGUUUAUAUGGCAGAUUUGAAGCCUCAGCUAUUUCUUGUUUUGCCGUUAUUGUAUUUACCUGUUGAACAUUCCACAAUCAAUGUUUUUUUUUGUGUAACAUUACCAAAUAUAUAUAUAUAUGCGUCUUUACGUCUUUACCGUUUGCCCCGUUUGAUAUUGGCGCAAGCGCUCCCCCUGUUGGAGAGUUUGGGUUGGGCAGCCACUGUGCCGUGCCAUUCCGCCACCACCAUAUCGAGAAUGAAGAAUGGAGAUAUUUUUUUAAAUAUGUCCCUACGUCCGCCAUACAUUAAUACAUUCCUGUUGUAUUACAAUUAAAAGCUUUUGCCAUUAAUUACUAUUGAAAGAUCAAACCGCUUAGAUACAAUGCGAAGUAAAAAUAAAUAUACUGAUUCUUUUUUAUAACAAUUUAGAAUAUCAUCAAAAACUACCAUAUUGUGCAUACCUGUCAUGUUAAUUCUUGUGGAAAAGGCUACGUGAAGAUUAAUUCGGUUCUUAUUGGUAUACAGCAGGCUUCCAAUAACAUUAUUUCCUUGUCAGUCUAUAGCUCUGAACCUAAACAUUUGUCUUACCUGAGCCUUGAUGUCAAUUGGGUACAAAAUGAUUAGGACACAGACUAUUUAAACAAAUGGUUAUUUAAUAAACUGGCUUUCUCAUAGCAGUUGUGAAAUCUGUUUCACUUAUUAUUUCAUCGUAAUGAGCUUCUUGUCGUAGUCUGCUGCAUAGCACCUGAAAUAAAGACACUGGGGGUUUUGUGAAUAGCAUGUGCUGUUACUGACUGUCUAA